GUCUUUCGCUCUUUUGUGUAUCACCAAUAUCUUGCAUUCACUCAGACUGAAAUAUCCGGCCCACUCCGCUCUGCCUGGUGAUUCAUCAGGAGCUGCUUCUUUCCGUCGAAUAUCAACGCUCCGAUCUCUAAAGAUUCACCUAGAGUAUAAGCACCACGAGUACAAUCCCGCUCUUCUGGGUCCAGUGUUUUGCACUGUGCUUUAUCGGAAAUGAAGGUCUUUUCAUCUCUUUGCACGUUCGACUACUCGUGGGAGGAGGUUUCAACCGCCAACUGGAGGAAAUAUUGUCCCUGGAAUGAUAAGUCGACGCAUGUUGUGGGGGUAGAUACUCUCUCGCGGGGGGUGGACCCCGAGACAGGAAUUUUGCGAACUGAGCGAUUGAUCACAUGCAACCAAUCCGUACCGCAAUGGGUAUCGUCGUUGUUUGGAGGUAGCCCGACCUCCCAUGUUUACGAGGUUUCAUAUGUCGACCCUAUUUCCAAGAAAGUAACAAUGUGCUCGACAAACCUUACAUGGGCCAAUGUUUUGAACGUGCGCGAGACUGUCAUCUACCAACCGUCGGUGACAAACCCUUCGUCUAAGACCGAAUUUCAGCAGGAAGCGAAGAUAACUGCUCUCUGCGGAGGCUGGCAAAAGAUUAAGAACAAGGUGGAAGAGGCAAGCGUCGAGCGAUUUAGAGAAAAUGCCAAGCGUGGCAGGGAAGGCUUCGAAGCCGUCCUUGAGAUGAGUCGACGAGUUUUCAGCGAGCAGCGCGCUCUCGAAUCCAGCGUGGCAUGAUCAGUCGCAACUCCUGCAUCACGUUAUUGAGCGUUUAGCUUGCAUAAUGGCGUUCUUUCAUUUCCUAAGCGUGUGGUUGUUUCGGCGUUGUCCUAAAAGAUACUCUCAUCGCAUACUGAUGACAUGACCAUCGCACUUAUUGUUUACUCAACUUACCGGGCUCAUGAGGCACGUGUUCUCAAAAGUUAUUGAUAUCCCUUGCCAUAUUUUUCAAGCGAGCGUCUUGCUUCUCUCUUUUGAGAUACUACGAGAGCACGACAAAAUAGAGCUGUACAUAGAUACAUAUUACCUAUAGUGGCUAUCCUAGAAGACCCCCCAAUACGACACGGCUGACCCCAGCCACCUCAGUUCUA